UCGCCCACAACCACAUAAGCAAGUUUUCAUUUCAUUUCGUUUCAUUUCAAUUUCAACUUCAACCUUCGUCUUCUUCUUCUCCGUCAAUCCAGCCUCUCUCUCUCUCUGUCUCUCUCUCUCUGAGAAAUUAUACGGUCCCGCCGAGUCAUCUCAUCCGAUUCUUCAUCUUCAUUGGUGUGGAAGUCUCAUCCGUUCGCUCAGUCACUCACUCAUUCACUCACUGAGUGACUCACUAACUGGCUCGCUCUUCAGAUCUGAUUGGUUGCGGAUCGAAAUGGAGGAAGCGCUGGAACUGUCACGCGCUAAGGACACGAAGGAGAGGAUGGCGGGCGUGGAGCGCCUCCACCAACUUCUGGAAGCUUCCAGAAAGAGCCUCUCGUCUUCCGAGGUGACUUCGCUCGUCGACACUUGUAUGGAUCUCUUGAAGGACAAUAACUUCCGCGUCUCGCAGGGCGCGCUGCAGGCGCUCGCCUCCGCCGCCGUCCUGUCCGGCGACCACUUCAAGCUUCACUUCAACGCACUCCUCCCCGCCGUCGUCGACCGUCUCGGCGACGCCAAACAGCCUGUUCGAGACGCCGCCAGGCGCCUCUUGCUCACUCUCAUGGAGGUUUCUUCUCCAACUAUAAUUGUUGAAAGGGCAGGAUCCUUUGCUUGGGCACAUAAAAGCUGGAGAGUUAGAGAGGAGUUUACGCGAACUGUCACAGCUGCAAUUAAUUUAUUUGCGUCUACUGAGCUCCCACUUCAACGGGCUAUCCUUCCCCCUGUUUUGCAUUUGCUUAACGAUCCAAAUCCUGCUGUUAGGGAAGCAGCUAUUUUGUGCAUUGAAGAAAUGUAUACACAAGCUGGGCCUCAAUUUCGUGAUGAACUUCAUCGUCACAAUCUUCCUUCAUCUUUGGUGAAAGAUAUUAAUGCCAGGCUUGAAGGAAUCCAGCCAAAAGUUCGCUCUUCAGAUGGUAUUCCAGGUGGAUAUAUUACUGGGGAAAUUAAGCAUUUGAGUGUUAAUCCCAAGAAAAGUAGUCCAAAGGCUAAAAGUUCCUCCAGGGAGAGCUCUCUUUUCGGAGGGGAAGGUGACAUCACUGAGAAACCCAUAGACCCUGUGAAGGUAUAUUCAGAUAAGGAGUUAACCAGGGAAAUUGAGAAGAUUGCAUCUACUCUUGUGCCUGAAAAAGACUGGUCAAUUCGAAUUGCUGCUAUGCAGAGAGUUGAAGGUCUUGUUAUAGGAGGUGCUACUGAUUAUCCAUGUUUUCGUGGGCUCUUGAAGCAACUUGUUGGACCUUUAAACACACAAUUGUCAGACCGAAGAUCUAGCAUUGUGAAGCAGGCCUGCCAUCUAUUGUGCUUUUUGUCAAAGGAUCUCUUGGGUGAUUUUGAAGCAUGUGCCGAAAUGUUUAUACCAGUAAGUUGGCCUAGUUAUGCUGGAUUUAUCACAAUUUUGAUGAUUUUGAAAUUAUUAAUUCUUGAUCUGAUAACUCAGGUCCUUUUCAAGCUGGUUGUGAUCACUGUGCUUGUAAUUGCAGAGUCUGCAGAUAACUGCAUAAAAACGAUGUUGCGCAACUGCAAAGUUUCUCGGGUUCUUCCCCGUAUAGCUGAUUGUGCAAAAAAUGAUCGCAAUGCUGUACUUCGUGCAAGGUGUUGUGAAUAUGCUCUUUUGGUCCUGGAACAUUGGCCUGAUGCACCAGAAAUACAUCGAUCCGCCGAUUUAUAUGAGGAUAUGAUAAAGUGUUGUGUUUCAGAUGCAAUGAGUGAGGUUCGAUCUACUGCAAGGAUGUGCUACAGAAUGUUUGCAAAAACUUGGCCAGAGCGAUCGCGUCGUUUAUUUGCAUCCUUUGACCCUGCCAUUCAAAGGUUAAUAAAUGAAGAGGAUGGAGGAAUACAUCGGCGACAUGCUUCACCUUCCAUUCGAGAUAGAGGGGCACUGACGUCAUUGGCUAGUCAGACCUCGGCUCCCUCUAAUCUACCUGGUUAUGGAACUUCUGCUAUUGUUGCGAUGGAUAGAAGUUCAAGUAUAUCAUCAGGGACAUCUAUCUCCUCUGGUAUACUUCUAUCACAAGCUAAGUCACUUGGUAAGGGUACAGAACGUAGUUUGGAGAGCAUGUUACAUGCAAGCAAGCAGAAGGUUUCUGCUAUUGAAAGCAUGCUUAGAGGCUUGGAUUUGUCUGAUAAGCAUAAUUCAUCUUUCCGGUCAUCGAGUUUGGAUCUAGGAGUUGACCCUCCAUCAUCUCGUGAUCCACCUUUCCCUGCUGCUGUCUCCGCAGCUAAUCAUCUGACAAGCUCUUUAACAACAGAAUCAACUACUUCUGGCAUCAAUAAAGGUAGUAACCGAAAUGGUGGUCUUGGUUUGUCUGACAUAAUCACCCAGAUUCAAGCUUCAAAGGAUUCUGCCAAGUUGUCCUAUCAUAGCAAUGUUGGUAUUGAACCUUUAUCAUCAAUAUCAUCAUAUUCGAGUAAAAGGGCCUCUGACAGAUUACAAGAAAGAAGUUCACUUGAUGAUAACAGUGAUAUUAGGGAGACUAGGAGAUAUAUAAAACCCAACCACGAUAAGCAGUAUUUGGAUGCCCCUUAUAGAGAUGGGAACUUUAGGGAAUCACAUAAUAGUUAUGUUCCUAAUUUCCAGAGACCUCUUUUGAGAAAGAAUGUGGCUGGACGCAUGUCUGCUGGCAGGAGGAGGAGUUUUGAUGAUAAUCAGCUAUCGCUUGGAGAGAUGCCAAAUUAUGCAGAAGGACCCUCAUCUCUUCACGAAGCUUUGAGUGAAGGACUUAGUUCAGGUUCUGACUGGUCUGCUAGGGUUGCUGCCUUUAAUUAUCUUCAUUCUUUGUUGCAGCAAGGGCCAAAGGGAGUUAUUGAAGUUGUUCAGAAUUUUGAGAAGGUAAUGAAGUUGUUUUUCCAGCACUUGGAUGAUCCCCAUCAUAAAGUUGCACAAGCUGCUCUUUCAACACUUGCAGAUAUUGUUCCAGCAUGCAGAAAGCCUUUUGAAGGUUACAUGGAGAGAAUAUUACCCCAUGUGUUUUCUCGGUUAAUCGAUCCUAAAGAACUUGUGCGGCAGCCAUGUUCAACAACUUUGGAAGUUGUGAGCAAAACUUACAGUAUAGAUUCUCUUUUACCGGCAUUAUUACGCUCGCUAGAUGAACAGAGGUCUCCAAAGGCUAAAUUGGCUGUUAUUGAAUUUGCAAUCAAUUCCUUUAACAAACAUGCUAUGAUUCCAGAAGGUGCUGCUAAUAUUGGCAUCCUAAAAUUAUGGCUUUCUAAGUUAACCCUUUUGGUUCAUGACAAAAAUACAAAGCUUAAAGAAGCAGCCAUUACAUGCAUUAUAUCAGUGUAUUCACACUUUGAUUCUAUUGUUGUUCUUAAUUUCAUUUUGAGUUUGUCAGUUGAAGAACAAAAUUCUUUGAGACGAGCUUUAAAACAAUAUACCCCUCGCAUUGAAGUAGACCUAAUAAACUAUCUGCAGAACAAGAAAGAAAGACAACGUUCUAAGUCUUCCUAUGAUUCAUCUGAUGUGGUGGGAACAUCCUCUGAUGAUGGAUAUGUUGGUUACUCUAGGAAGGCUCAUUACCUUGGAAGGUAUUCUGCUGGAUCCCUUGAUGGUGAUGGUGGCAGGAAAUGGAGUUCCCAUGAUUCAAUACUAGUGAAAGCUAGUCUUGGUCAAGCAUCAUCUGGUGAAACUCAGGAACAUCUGUAUCAAAAUUUUGAAACUGAUCCUAAUACUGGUAGUCUUGCUUCAAAAACUAAAGAUCUUGCGUAUGCAGUCAAUCCAAUGGGUCAAAACCUUGCCUCUCAAUCUAGCCAACAUAGAAAUGUGGACAGUAGCAUAAACUUGGAUGGUCUCCUCGUCUAAAUGUAAAUGGUUUGAUGUUAUCUGAGCAUUUAAAUGUUGCGUAAGGCUAUGUAAAUGA